AUGAGCCUUUAUGCAACCCAGGACGAGAAAAAACAAGCUGCAGCCCAAGCCGCUUUAAAACACUUACCAAGAGGGGGCAUUUUGGGAGUCGGUACUGGUAGUACAGUGAACUUCUUAAUUGAAUUAUUACCUCAGUUACAACUUGAAGCAGCCGUAGCCAGUUCAGAAGCAACAGCUCAACGUCUUAAGAAAUUAGGCAUUGAAGUGGUUGAUAUGAACCAUGUUGGUGGUUUAGAUGCUUAUGUAGAUGGUGCUGAUGAAAUUGACCGUCAUUUACAUAUGAUUAAAGGCGGUGGUGCUGCACUCACACGUGAAAAAAUCGUGGCAUCUAUUGCGAAAAAGUUUGUAUGUAUUGUUGAUGACUCGAAAUGGGUCGAUCAAUUAGGCCGUGAAUUUCCAUUGCCUAUCGAAGUGAUUCCUAUGGCACGUUCAGCCGUUGCACGUAAAAUCGUAUCUUUAGGCGGUGACCCAGUUUAUCGUGAAGGUGUGGUAACGGAUAACGAGGUCGAAAAAACUAUUAACGAUAUUCCUGGUGUGGUGUGUAAUGGUAUUUUUGCGAUCAAUAAAGCUGAUGUUGCUGUAGUUGCCACCAAUCAUGGUAUUGAAGAGCGUACCGCAGGAUAA